AUGAUUAAUAAUCUCCAGCGGGUGUUUGCCUCGGGUCUCUCUGGCGUCGAUGACGUUGCGGACUACGUCGCCAAGUACAAGGCCCACUUGAGGUCGGAAAUGGCCCAGCUCGAGAAGGACACGCAAGCACAUCAUCUGGAGGUUCCCCAGGCCAAUGCUCGGGCAGCUAAGAUUGUGUCUGACAUUGCGCAAUUGCGAGAACGGGCCGACACCACCGAGGGCCAGAUCACAGGCAUGACGGCGGCCAUUAAGCGUCUAGACGACGCCAAACAGAACCUCGUCACCUCCAUCACCGUUCUCAAACGACUGCAAAUGCUGUCUACAGCUUACGACCAGCUGGUGGUGUUGGUUGACCGAAGAGAUUACGAGGAUGUGGUGCCUCAUCUGGCUGCUGUCAACGAGCUUAUGGCGUACUUCAAGCCGUACAGAACCAUUGACCACAUUGCAGAGCUCAGUAAACGGGUCACCGAAACCGAGUCUCAGCUCGGAGAAAAGAUCCUGGAGGACUUCCAAAAGGCCCUGGAUGGCUCUUCAAACGUACAGCCCUCGUCUCUGGUCUCUGCAUGCUCGGUUCUGGAUGUUAUUGGAAACGGGUUCCCUCAGAGACUACAAGAUUGGUACACAAAUACACAACUCAAGGGCUACCGGACAAUUUUCUCGGCGUCCGACGAAGCUGGUUCUCUCGACAACAUUGCCACUCGGUUCUCCUUUUUUCGGCGACUGCUCAAUGAACACGACACUGAACGAGCCAAGUACUUUGCGCCCAGCUACAACAUUGAUGUCGCGUUAUGCAAGGGCUUCUGCACAACCACCCGGUCGGACGUGUCGUCCAUUUUACAGGGCCUCGGUAAGUCUGUCGACGUCAAACUCCUGCUGGACGCACUCAAUGAAACACUCACCUUCGAACAGACUCUAGACAAGCGGUUCAAGACCCGUGCUCGGGAGGGAACGGUGGACCUGGACUCUCUCAAAACCAUCUCCUUGGCAUUUCAACCUCAUCUCAAUGUGUGGAUUGCUCACCAGGACAAGAUUUUGUCUUCCAAGCUGCAGGGUUACAGAAUGCCCCAGCCCCACACCGAAGAUGGAGACUCCAAGCCAGAUGUUCUACCUUCGUCCGCAGAUCUGUUCUUCACAUAUAGACAGAUGCUGGAGCAAACGGCUAAACUCAGUACUGGCCCUCCUCUGCUGGAUCUGUACCGUCUGUUUGCACGUCGCCUGGACAAUUACGCCAAUUCUGUGGUGCGAGGAACACUGCCUCAGAGAGUCACCGACGAAGAGUCUCUGUUUACAGCAUGCAUUGUUCUUAACACAGCGGAGUACUGCACCCAGACAGUGGCACAGCUGGAGGACAAGCUCACAGACCAGAUUGACGCCAAUCUCAAGGACAAGGUGUCGUUUGAUCCUCAACGAGAUACCUUCAUGACCAUCAUCAACGAGUCCAUUGCCGCUCUGGUUGGCAAGAUUGAACACGAUCUGGACUACUCGUGGCGAGAGAUGAAAAACACAAACUGGAACAUCAACACAGUGGGAGACUCGUCGUCUUACGUUCGUCAGUUGUGUCAGGUCCUGUCCACUGACGCUCGACAGAUUCUCAACGCAAUGGACAAGCCUGCAUUUGCCGGUAUCUUCUGCGACAGGGUGGUUGAGGUGGUGUCAUCGGCCUUCUUGCAGGGCAUCAUUGACUGUCGGCCCUUGACAGAGGUUGCUGCUGAGCAGCUACUGGUGGAUUUAUUUGUCAUCAAGGAGGCCCUCACCAAACUGCCCACUCUCAAGAGCACAGAGGAUGGUGAACCAAACCAGCCCUCGUCUCGGUACGUUAAGAAUGUUGCCAACGUGAUUUCGCGCAUUGAGACACUUCUGAAGGUAGUCCUCACCCGACCUGCGCCGCGCGACGGUCUUAUUCAAAACUACUUCAUUCUUGUUGGGGACAAGUCGCGCUCCAACUUUGUCAAAAUUCUGGAGCUCAAGGGCAUUCCUCGGUACGAACACAACGCCUAUCUUGAGCAGUUUCAUCUGCUUCUUGGAGAGCAAGAGAAUCUCGUGGACGAUUCGCCCAUCAUGAGUGCCGUUAAACUUACGGCUCUUCCUUCCAUGGAGCGCAAACCCCCUAGCUCGCCCAACAUUCCUCUUUUUGACACCAAGAACAUCUUGUCGGGCUUUUCCCGAGACGGCAUUAGCAGUCUUUCCAAAAAGGUGAGACGUGGAUAA